UGUAAACAAAAAUUUUGGGAAUAUUUCGAUUGUUUGUUUUUUGCAAAUCACGGAGUAAAAAGCGGAAAGUUUGGUCGCAUUUAGUGACGAAACUGCGGAGAAACGUUGUUCCUACGGAUAAAACACACUUUUGCACGGGGAUUUUGGGCGCAAGGCAACACAAAAAGCAAAUAUGUUAUACCUCGAAGACUAUCUUGAAAUGAUCGAGCAUCUGCCGCAGGAGCUGCGUGAUCGCUUCACGGAGAUGCGAGAAAUUGAUUUGUCAGUUCAAAAUAACAUCGACUCUCUGGAAAAGCGCGUUCGGAUGUUGUUCGCACAGUGUCGAAGGAACGAGAUUCAAACUGCAGCAGCUGAUGCGGAAUGCGGCAGUAUCAAGAAAGACUAUUACCGUGUGCUGGAAGAAGCCGACGAAAAAGUCACGAUAGCCAAUCAAACGUACGAGUUGGUAGAGCGGUAUCUGCAAAAGCUCGACGACGAACUGCACAAAUUCAAGUGCGAGCUCGAGGCAGACCACAAUGGUAUUACAGAGGUUUUGGAAAAGCGAGCGCUUGAACUCGAAACGAACAGCAUGCAAAGCUCGCAGAAGGAAAACAGGUAUUUUGGCGCGAUAAGUUCCGGGACGCCGGGAACGCCGAGCGAACCACGACAUCACAAAGCCACCGACGGGCGAUAUCGACACAACAAGCCGGAAAAACGACGCGAUAGUGCGUCUCUCACUUACGGGUUACCGGAAAAACGCCCGGUAUUGACAGCUAGUCUUAGUGCACCAAUUCGAACGCCAACGGGAACUGCCGCCGGCGCCGCAGCAGCAUCAAUGUCACCGCAUCCCUUACUCGCAACCACGACAACGACUCCGAAUACGCCAACGCUGCCCUAUAAUUUGCAACAUUUGGGCGCGAAUAAUGCGAUUGCAGCUGCGGCGAGUCAAGCAAUUGUUGCCACACAACAAAUGCCUCAGGGAAGACGAACCGCAAGUCUCAAGGCGUCUAUCGAAGCAAUUGCCGCUUCAAAUCUCGGCGCUCCAGAAAUCGUAAUUGGCCGAGAAUUGGCAGGAGCGACACAAAAUGUCAUCCAAGCCGUCGAACGAGACACAAACAACAUGACGAAUCAAAAAAGACACAAAAAGAAGAUGGGCACUGCCGUGAUGGGAGGUCCUGCGGGCAUUGGGUUACCCGGAUCCUCGAUGAAUCCGAUGGGAAACAACUCAGAUGGCGAUAUUUCGAGUAGCGGACCGAUGCUCAACGAAAACGGAAUGGUAGUUGAACAAACGCCCGAAGGCGAAUGGAGUUACGAUCCCAACGAACCGAGAUACUGCGUUUGCAAUCAAGUGUCAUAUGGCGAUAUGGUGGCGUGCGAUAAUGAAGACUGUCCCUUUGAAUGGUUCCAUUAUCCAUGUGUCGGAAUAACAUCCUCACCGAAAGGCAAAUGGUAUUGCCCGCAAUGUAGUGCGAACAUGCGUCGUCGCGGCGGAAAUGUCUCUCGAAAGGCAUAAACCCAAAAAUAUUUAAAAAUUUUCGCUAUUUUUAAAAAAAAUUAUCGUUUGACGUGUUUUUGGGUUUUCAUGUCUUUUCAUUUUUUGAUAAAAAACAAAAAAAUUGAAACUGUUCGAACGAAGUCAGGCACAACUUUUUCUGUAAAUUCAAAAUUUUCGCGAAAUUCGAGUUAAAAAAAAUAAAUAUU